AUGUGGGUUGGGCGCAAGUGGCGGCCCAUUUGCGAAGACAGAGCCCCAUAUGUGCAGGCUGUGGGAGUUGGCAAGGUGGUUUGCAGGCAGCUGGGGCUGCGCGGCGGCGCAGAGCGCUAUAGAAUGUAUGCCAACUCGUCCAUGCCUGCCGUGGCAACAGUCGCUUGCACCGGCAAGGAGAAGGCGUUGCUGGCUUGCUCCCUGAACCAGCCCACAUCCGCAGAUUCUGAAAGGGGCCUCUGCAAGACUCAUCUGGCCGUUGCCUGUGCAGGCGUUGCCGACAACAUUGUCGAUGUACGCCUGGAAAACGGCUCCACUCCUUAUGAGGGCCGGCUGGAGGUGAAGCUGAAUGGCAAGUGGGGCGUUGCUCGCGAGUGGACAGACGACAGUCUGCCCAUGGCUCGCCUCGUAUGCCAAGAGUUGGGGCUCAAAGGCGGGGCACUCCGCUACGGCGACUACUACGGGUCCGGCGCGUUGCCUCCGCUCAUCAUGGGCCUGAACUGCACAGGGGCAAGGAAGCUGCGGGACUGCCCCUUCUCCGUUGUGGCCCCAAUGGACCCAGUGGACCCGUCUGCACUCUAA